AUGGUAGAGAAUGUGAACUUUAGUUCUGACGUUGUCGUUUUUGAAGACUUAAGUGCUUGCAACGCGAAAUUAUGUGAAGAAAUGAAGAAUUAUUCGUAUGAAAUAAUUGUUUUGGGACUUGACUGCGAAUGGGUGAGUCGGGAACGGCAAGGCGAAAGCCCAGUUAGCCCCGUGGCUUUGCUUCAAUUAGCUUUCCCAAACGGCACUUGCUUCUUAUUACGGUUGUGUAAAAUGGAAGCACGGCUGCCUGAUAAACUAAGGGAAAUUUUAGAAGAUAGAAAUAUCUUGAAAAGUGGAGUUGGAAUCAGUGAAGAUGCAAAAAAGUUGAACACUUGUUAUGGUUUGGUUAUGCAAGGCUGUGUCGAUUUAAGACAUGUGGCUUUAAGAUGUCAAGGAUAUGUUGAACAUUGCAUUUCUGAGGGUGGCUCCAGGUAAG